AUGCCUCGUGGUCAGAAGAGCAAGCUCCGUGCUCGUGAGAAGCGCCGCCAGGCCCGUGCUAAAAAUGCACUGGAGGAACAAGCCUCUCCAGGUCCUUUCUAUGGGUGUCCACAUCAGGCUAUUCCUGUUGCCGGUAUGCCUACACCUCCCAACAUGCCAAUGGAAGAUCAUUCUAGCUAUUCACACACAUAUGCAAAUACAGGUGCCAAAAACCUAGAUGAGAAAAGUUCAGAUGACUCUGACAUUGAGGACUGGUGUAAAGAUCCUAUAAACCACAAAGUCGUCUUACUGGUACAGUUCCUGAUAGAGAAGUAUCAAAAGAAAGAGGUUGUUACAAAGGCAGAUAUGCUGAAGUGUGUUAUCAAAACAUCUAAGAACCACUUCAAUGAGAUCCUAAAGAGAGCCUCACAGCACAUGGAACUGGCAUUUGGUGUUGAUCUGAAGGAAAUAGAUCCAAACAAGCACUGCUAUGCUCUUUUUAACAAACUAGAACAUACCUUUGAUGGAGUGAUGGGCGAAGAAAAAAUGCCCAAUAGUGGCCUCCUAAUGAUUGUGCUGGGUGUGAUAUUCAUGAAAGAUAACCAUGCCCCUGAAACGGAGAUCUGGAAUGUGCUGAAUAUGAUGGGCGUAUAUGCUAAUAGAAAGCACUUCAUCUAUGGAGAUCCUAAGAAGUUCAUCACUGAAGAUAUGGUCCAGCUAAAGUACUUGGAGUACCAACAAGUGCCCGACAGCAAUCCUCCAUCCUUUGAAUUCAUGUGGGGUCCAAGAGCCCAUGCUGAAAUCAGCAAGAUGAAAAUCUUAGAGUUUUGGGCCAAGAUCCAUGAUACUACACCAGAUUCCUUUGCAACCUUGUAUGAAGCAGCUCUGAAAGAUGACGAAGAGCGAGCCCAAGCCAGGGCUGCAGCCAGGGUUCGCACUGCUAUAAUGGCCAGUUCAUAUUCAAGAGCCAUGGUGCCUAGCUCCUCCCAUGCUAAGUAA